AUGGACGAUCCUUGGGGCUCUCCUUGGGCUUCCGCUCCCUCCGACACGGUCUCCAAGAAUGAUCACCCACCGUCCCCGUCGUCGCCGCCCAAGUCUCUACUGAGCCUGCCACCAAAGGCCUUCUUCGGCAGCAGUUUAAACCUGCCUGCCCAGUCCCCUUGGGCUGAUCACGGCUUUGGGGACUGGGCAAGUCCCGGCCCGGUCGACGACACCGCGCCGAAUCUGCAAUGGGCUUCCUGGGCGGAACCGAGUCUAGCUCCCCGAGCCGAGUCGCCCGGAAAGCAGAGCCCAAUUGCCUGGCCAAGUAGCACAGCGACGUCCCCAGGCCUCAAGCCUAUGCGUUCACGCUCUUCGACCUUGUUCCGUCAGUCUUCACCAGAUCCGUGGACAAACGACGCGUCCUGGCGCGACCGAGACGAGGUAGCGCCUUUCAAGGCCGUUUCAAUCACCUCUACCACAGACGAUCAGGAAGCCCCUCUCCCCGUCGACACGCAGGUCGUGAUCCAUGUGGAAGAGCCACACGCCGGCAUUACCGACGAAAUCAAUUCCCAGGACAAGCUUCAUGUGCACGACGCAAGAGAAGGAGGAGCAACACUGAGUUUGGCAGUCGAACCCGAGGGACACGAAAGUCCAUCAAGACCCUCGUCGACAUUUUCAGCUGAGAGCUCGCAUGGUCAGGAGCAGCAAGACUCGCCAAUCACUUCGGUCGACGAAGAGCUAAACUUUCGUCCCCGAAACCUGACGAGAAAAUCAUCAUCAAAAGUGUCGGAUCUCGUAGGCUUGUAUGAUGGGCUGGCGCGAGCUGCAUCGGAUGGAAGUGGAAGCCGUCCUGUGAGUCGCAAAAAAAGUACUGGCUCCACGCAUGCGGCGAAUUGUAUUGAAAAUGCGGGCGCUGGCGAAGGAGACAACGUCUUCGAUCACGAACCGAGUACCUCGGAAGACUCAAGGACCUCCAUUUCCUCAGGCGGGUCCUCCACACCAAGAAUCCAGCCGCAGAAUAGGCUCAGCCAGCGUAGCCAUGCGUCAAGUGAUAAAGGGCAUGACCCAGCAGCUGACGCACAUGCCCUUGCUCUGCGGGAGUUAACAGAGAAAUUCGGAGUGAUCAAAUUCGACGUAGACGUGAAGCUGCUUGAUAGAGCUUUCGAUUCGAAACUAGAUCCUGACUAUGAGGAAUGCGUUGCUCCUGAAGGCCUCACUGAUCGCAUCAUUACAGACAGCUUUGGGACCGUCGCUGAGAGGAAGGCCUGGUACCGUGUUUCCCGUUUUGGCUCGAUGCUAAAGCACGACUCAGGAGACGAAGAAAAUUACCAUCGUGUGACAUGGCAGACAUCGCAACUCCAUGACGAUGCAAUCAAAAUUGUUCGGCGGUGGAUGGAGGAAGAUUCGAUUUCUGGCAAGCCUAUUCUCGGUGGUGGCAAGAGAACGAGCGCCUUCAACUGGGACUCGGCGGCUGCGCCCGUGGCAUUGGACAAGGUCUUUGCCCGCAGAUCUCUAGGGCCGCGCCCAAAGGGCAGCUCAAGUGUUCCCAUGGGACAUACUCCUACAUCAUCCAUCGGUUCCCAAAUCAGUAUCACAGAGGAGCCAAAGUUUCCCUCGGGGCUCGGCGGCUCAUAUGCCCCAAGUAGCAUCGGCACACCGUCUACCUCUGCCUCACCUAUCGCAAACUUCGGUUGGAGCACGAGACCCCCAUCGACAUUCAUCAUGACGACUCGAUCGAGCGUACAUUCAUUGAAAAUUGAGAAACCGGCUCAAAGGUCCGCCAACUCCACCACUCCCGGGCUACUGUCUCCGGCAUUUCAGCAGCCCCAAAUGAUCAAUGAACACGGGAGUGAGGUUCCUAUGAAAAGUGAUGAUGAUGAUGAUGAUGAUACUGCCGAAGAUGACGACUGGGGAGAGAUGGUUUUCUCCCCCACGCAAGAAGCAUUCACGACAACAGAGAACCAUAUUUUAUCUCAAAGCACCGGGGAUGAAUUCUCCCAAGUAUCCAUGACAGGAACGACAGACGCUCAUCUAGUGUCCGAAGCCCAGUCAGCCCACGCGCAGCCGUCGACAUCAGGGUCCGCGGCUUCAGAGGUCAGUGCUUCGAUUCUGUAUCGCCACGAUCCAAGUCGAAACGCGCAAUGGGCACCGAAACAAAACACAGAACCGUGCACAUCCAUCGACCUUGGCCGGUCGGAAACGUCGUCGGCCAGAGUGCAGCCAUCUCCCAUUGUCCCCAGCUUCAGUCAGUGUGUGGCGGAGCCAUUUUCGCCGUCAUCUUCGCCUCCAUCACCAUUAUCAAAGGGCACAGACAUGGAUUCUUCCAUGAAUGUCCCCCCGCCAAGCUGUUUGAAUGCUCCAGUCUCUGCGGCUACUAUCUCUCCAAGCCCAGUUGAGAGCUCUGUUGAUGCAGCGGACAAUGUGGUGAUUCAACAAAUCCUUCAGGGCCUCCCUGAUCUCUACUACAUGUUAAGAUAA